UUGAUCGUUGGGAGAGACUUUCUGGGCCUCUCAAUAAAGCUCGUAGCGUGGGUGAACAGACUACAUACAUGUAGUUUCAGUUCGUUGCUCUAACAGAAGAAUGUGAAGAAAGCAAUUUUAGUUUACUAUAUCGGAUUAUGAUCGUGAUGCCAAUCUCUGAACAUCUGUAUUGGCCAGCUGCCUACAUCUGUUGGUGAACAAGGAACUGCCACCUGUGCUAAGAACCAUUUUAUUUUUGAGCGAUGGGAGUUUGUGGCUUAUAUAACUCCAAACUAAGCCUCCUGAUUUGUAUCUUCUGCCUCAUCGUCUUCUGCGUCCUCACAUGGACCAAAAUGGAAGACCCGACCAGCUUCAAGCCAAGGCAAAUCAACGACCAGCACCGAGUAGACUUUGGGGUACGUGUGACCCCCUCGCAGUCCGGGACGCCACUCGAUGGUGGACCAACUCAGCAGCAGAAUGAUUUCCAGAAGAGAAGAGAGAGCCAAAAUGCAGGACAAAAGGAGCAAGGCAACGGCGAAAUAAGUGAACCAUACGGGUUUAUGGAGCAACAGGCUGUCGUUCAGUCAGAACGCCGAAGACAUCUCAGAGAGGUCUGCAGUAACCAUCCAGAGCUCUCCCAAGGCAGUAUCAACGCCAUUACCCUGAGAAACUUAUUUGUGCAACACAAGUCUAAGAUCAUCUUCUGCGCAGUCCCAAAGAACGGAUGCAGUAACUGGAAGCGGGUUGCCAUGGUUCUGGGUGGGGUUUACAACCAGACGGAAGACAUCCCUUUAAGAGAAGCCCACAUGGACACCGGCUUGAAAAGGCUCAUCCAGCUCAGCCCGGCCGAACGGAAUCGCACGUUGCAGACUUACACCAAGUUCAUGUACGCCCGCCAGCCGUUUCUUCGCCUCCUAUCUGCCUAUCUGGAUAAGUUCGAGGGGAAAGCGGCUUCCCGUCAGGGGCAGUACCUUCGGGACAUCGCUAAGGGUAUCAUGAGGCGGUACCGCAAGAACGCCACGACAAGAGACCUUCAAACGGGUGAGAACAUCACGUGGUAUGAGUGGAUGACCUAUCUGACCAACCAAACAGAGAGGGCGGACUUCGAUCCCCACUGGCUGGAGAUUCACAAGCUGUGCUCGCCGUGUCAGAUCAACUACGAUUACAUGGGGAAGCUCGAAACUGUUGAUGACGAUGCUAGAUACAUGCUGACGUCACUAGAGGUACAGGACAAAGUUAACUUCCCAACUGGCGAUGAGCACCAGACUAACAGCUCCCAAGCCUAUAGUACGUACUUCGGUCGGGUAACCAUGGCCUCGCUUCAAAGGCUUUGGGAAGUGUACAAGUUAGAUUUUGAGCUUUUUGGGUACGACAACCCGUCACCGUUUCUUUGAUCAUAUGAUGCAGAUUUGUUAAUGGUAUACACAAGUUAAUAUUUUUCUUUUUUCUGUUGAUGUAGUCCUUUAAUAUUCAUGUACCAUUCAUAUGUUGUAUGCAUAAACUCAUAAUGAUUGUUAUUUUAGGGGUUAUUUCUCAGUCUUACACAAAAGUUUUUCAGUCGCACAAAAAUUGUUUUUAUCAGACGUUCACGUUUUCAGAGCCACGCUACGAACGUCUGAUAAAAGCAACUUUUGUGCGACCUUGCCCCCCGGCCAAUCGGAGCGGCCUAUAGAUAUUGUGACGUCGUUUCGAGCAGAAAUUUGGCUUUAUCUGUCGAUUGGUCAAUUUGGUUGCCAUGUUUUUGUAAUACAACAACGGGUUACCGAAGAAGUGAUAGAAUUGUAUGGUCAGAAUCUCGAGGUCACGCAGUCUUGUUUUGCAUAAUUAAUCGGUUGCUUUGCAAGUGGCUAUUCCAAAGACUCAUCAUCAGUUUGUGCCUCAUCAUUGUGUAUGCACUCGGUAGAGGGCAUAGUGUUAUGGGGAAUAAGUGUUAUCGUCUUUUGUUUGACGAGGUACAUGUAGCUAUCUAAUACGAAUGAUGAAUCGUAAGGAAAACUGUAGUUUUACAAAAGAGGAUGAAGAAGAAUUAGAACGACCUAUUUAGUUCGUCCCUCUUUUUCAUUCUUAUCUUUGUAUAUUUUUUUGAGUCAUCUUCCAUCAGGUUGGUUUAUGAUAUGACUUUACUACGUAGGUUUCGUUUGUUUCUUAUUUGUGUGUCUGGCUAAAAUUACGUUGUACAUGUAUACUAGAAGAUGUUCAGGUUUUUCACCUACAAGCCUAGGCUUAAGUGCACAGCCUUGUACUCUUUAAUAUAUAUUUUUAUUCCCUAUAUUAACCUUAAUUUAAUUAAUAGUCUUCAAAGUACAUUUAUUAUUUCUUACUGGUGGUACUUAGGCCUACCUUAAUUAUUUUCUUCACUUAAAUAUCACUGUCUUGUACUGAUAUAAUCCCACCUUGUAUUGGUUUAUUGGAGAGUUCAGAAUACAUGUCUAGUAAAUUGAAAAAUUGAGUAGAUAACUGUGUACUAUUCCCGUAACAUGUACACACACUGAAUAAACAAGACUAUCUGUUACACAUAA